AUAUUUGGCCACAUCACAUACAAUUAGCUCAACAUGUUCCACCGCCUGACCGCUCGCGCGCGAACUCACUUGCCGACCGCGGCCGCCGCCAUGGGCGUGGGGCUUGGUAUGGGCAUGAUGUCCAACACUCGCCCGUCGGAAGCUCAAUCGGGUGUCCCCAGUUCUCUCAUCAUCCCUGAGAAGCAACCUAAGAUCAUGAACGGGCUCAAGAUCUUCAGCGGCAAUGCCAACACCGAACUGGCAAGCAAAGUUGCCGAACUUGUCGGCGUCAACCUUGGCAAAAUCACUGUCGAACGAUUUGCCGACGGUGAGGUAAACGUCAUGGUCCACGAAAACGUGCGUGGCAAGGACGUGUAUAUUGUGCAACCCACGUGCGUGCCCGUGAACGAAAACCUCAUGGAACUGCUCUUGAUGGUCAGCACCAUGCGACGAGCGUCGGCGCGCCGCAUUACCGCUGUCAUUCCGUAUUACGGGUAUGCGCGUCAGGAUCGCAAGAUGGCCGCGCGUGUGCCGAUAUCUGCCGCUGACGUCGCACGACUCUUGGAAGCAAUGGGUGUCGACCGCGUGAUUGCCGUCGACUUGCACUGCGGUCAAAUCCAAGGUUUCUUCGGGCCUCGCGUUCCCGUGGACAACUUGGAUGGCGGCCUUGUGGGGGUGUCGUACUUUGGCAACAUGGAACUCGUGAACCCAGUCGUGGUGUCGCCAGAUGCCGGCGGUGUCGCCCGCGCCAAGAAGUUCCGCGAGUGGCUCGUGGGCAAGGAAGGCAUUGAGAACGUCGGUCUCGCCAUGAUUAUCAAGCAACGCAUCAAGGCGAACGAAAUCGACCGCAUGGACUUGGUCGGGAACGUCAGCGGGUCCGACUGCAUCAUCGUCGACGAUAUGAUCGACACGGCCGGGACUCUUUGCAAGGCGGCGCAGCACCUGUCGGAUCACGGCGCGCGCAACGUAUACGCGUUCGCGUCGCACGGUUUGUUCAAUGGCCCCGCGAGCGAGCGCAUCACCAAGUCGGCGCUGAAACAAGUCGUCGUAGUCAACACGACGCCGUUGCCGGCUACCUGCGUCGGCAACGACAAGAUCAAGCAGCUCGAUGUCGCGCCCCUCCUCGCUCAAGCUAUCCUCAACAUCCAUGGCAAAAAGUCCGUGUCGCAAUUGUUCAACUAAGCAAGUUGGCCAAAUUGUUGUACAUAUAUAUAGAUUUGCGUGUUCAUGAGCAUGCGUGCUGGGUUGGGCAUGCAUGGCCAACGUCCAGGAUGGCCACCUUGCAUUCGAUGCGAUCCAUGCUUCAUGGAGAUGUCCUCCGGCGUUGCAAUGGAUAAAUAGGUGCUACACCGUGAACGAGUCGGUCUCGACGUCGUCAUGAACCAACAGAGACGCCGUCGCUACACCGGAGGGAACCACUGCGAGUUUGGCAAGCUUCUCGUCCAGGGCUUUCAUCGCGCGUGCCCUGCAGUCCAUGGACUCAUGUGAGUUCACCC